CGCUUUAAUAUAUAAAGUAGGAAAAAUUCAUGGGAAUAAUCCCACCUUUCACCCGUUCGUUUUUAUAAUCCCACCUUUCAAUUAUUUUUCAAUAAUCCCACCUUUAGGUAACUUUUAUUUUUAUUGGUCCUUACAGGUUACCUCACCUGUUUUAGCCGGUUUUAGGCCUACGUGGAAUCUAACGGUUACUUAUUUUUUAAUUUUUUUUUUGUUUGUUUAAAAGUGCCAUGUCCCUUAGUUGAUUUCUCUUCUUCUUCUUUCUCUGUCUCCUCUCUUCCUUAAAACACCAUUGUUGGUCGCAAAUUCCCCUAUCAAAUUCAUCUCUUCUCAGUGAAAUUUGGUUGCAAUGGGUAGUUGUAGGCACGUUGGUUCAAGUGAAUCAUCUUCGUCAAGGUCGUUUGGUUGGGGUUUGCCAAAAUUGAAGUGCAAAUGCGGUGUUGAAGCCGUAAUUCGGAGGGUGAGGAAUGGCGAUAAUGUGGGUAAGAAGUUCUACGGAUGCCCUAACUGGCCUGAGGGUGAUUGUGGGUUCUUUCAGUGGGUUAAUGCUAACAAUAUGGACCUUGAAGAUCUACGAUUCCAGGUUUUUGAAAAAGAUACACAAGUUGCUGAAAAGGAGAUUGAAAUUGAUUUCAUGAAGGAGCAGUUGAAAAAAAAUUGAGAAGAAUUUGGAUAUUAAAGAGGAUGAGUUGAAUGAUACAAAAAUGGAGCUUUGCCACACUAGAAUUGAACUAAUGAAGGUGGCAAGGAAUGAAAAAAACUUUUCCAUUGCUCUGUUUGUGUCAUGGAUUUUCUUUGCUUUUCUGUUAGUGUAUUUGAAGGCAUGACAGUGAUAUUGAGUGGAGAUGAUAGUAGGUUAGACUCAUUAAGCUUGUUUAGGUUUGGACAUGAUUGUAUAUUUUGCAUUUGUGACAUGUAAUAUGGCUUUGAAAAAACCUUUUUAGUAGCAAGGCAUGUUACUGUAACAGUGAAUUAAUGGAAGGUAU